AUGUCUCUCGUACCCCCCGACCCGUCGCAGAACUUCGCUUUCAUCUUGCGUUUGCUCAACACCAACGUUGACGGCAAGAUCAAGGUCCAGUACGCCCUUACUCAGAUCAAGGGUGUUGGUCGUCGAUACGCCAACAUUGUCUGCAAGAAGGCCGAUAUCGACCUUGGCAAGCGUGCUGGUGAGCUCAACUCUGACGAGCUCGAGCGCAUUGUCACCAUCCUCCAGAACCCCGCCGAGUUCAAGAUCCCCACCUGGUUCUUGAACAGGCAGCGCGACAUUGUUGACGGCAAGAGCAGCCAGCUCCUUUCCAACAACAUCGACUCGAAGCUCCGUGAUGACCUUGAGCGCUUGAAGAAGAUCAAGGCCCACCGUGGUAUCCGCCACUACCUCGGUCUCCGUGUCCGUGGUCAGCACACCAAGACCACCGGUCGUCGUGGCCGUACCGUUGCCAACAAGAAGAAGUAA